AUGGAGACGCCCAAAGUUGUAACGCUCCACAAAGGUGUGGAAUCUCCGUCCUUUUCUAUAAAAUUGCUGGCCGAUGUAUUAGAACAACUUACCGUCUUUUCCCGCAAAAAUCUCAAACCCAAGUUGGUGGUGAAAGGCGGUCAAAUAUCCAUAAAACUCUCGGACGAUGUGAUAUUCACAUGCUCUCAGGUGCCAGAAUACCAGAAUCUUGAGAUAUACCAGUCGACCCUAGACCCUGGUGUUUUUGCCAUUUCGGGCAAAAUAAAGACAAAGCUUAAUGUGGUGGCAGAUGCUCCUCAAGUCAGAGAUUUGGGUAAAACUCCCACCAAGAUACAGGUAUCUACAUCUGUUUCCUCCGAGAAUCAUGCUGGGGUCUUGACCCAGUCAAUGCCAGCGUCGCCGUUGAAUUUUGAUCCUUACCUCGUGUCGCCAGGUGAUUCCAAGUCGGACGUUGUAUCUAAGUUCCUUUUCCUUUUGGCAAUGGGUCCUACGUCUCGCGAGCAGCUCACAAGCGUGCUCCAGUACAAGCCUAAGGAGCUCGACGAGCUAUUACUAGAGUACUGUCAAGUGUAUGAUGGUAAUGAUGCAUUUUUGGCGGAUGACAUAUACCCCAAUCGAAGAGCUAUCACCGGUUUGCCUGAUACGAAGUUAUACAUAUUGAAGGAUAAGGCAUACAAAAACCUCCGUCCCUGGGACUGGAAGUACUACUCGACUGAGGAGAGGCUUCUCAUCAUAGCCAAUUCUCACAACGCGUUGAAGAGAUUGGGAUACCUGGAAACGCACCCAUUACGCAAGAAAAUCCUCGAGAAGCCAACCGUGUCAGAAGACGUGGCAGGGCUGAAGAAGCCCCCAAGCAGCCUCGGGGGCGGCAUAUUGGUGUCGUCCAAAAAAACCUCACCUUUUAAGAAGUCUCAAACCGAUUCUCCCCGUUUGGGCCCCUCCAAUGGGCUUGGCAGCACUCCUACUCUUAUGAUACCUGCAAGUAAUUCUACCAAUUCGAGCCCCUUGAGGCACGUCAAAGAACUGAAAAAGAGGCAAUUGAGCCAAAACUCGAGUUCAUCAUCUGACGAAGAAGCCAAACGAAUCAAAAAGGAUAAGGACGAUGUGACAUCACCUUCUUCGGUCAAUGAUGAUGACGAUGAAUUGGACGAGUUGGACAAAUCUAAGAGCAACCACUAUACCAUGUUGGCCACUAAAUUCAGAACAAAGUAUAAAGACUAUGAAACCUUAUACAACUCAUUGCAUGAGGGGUCAAUAUCUGAUCCUAAGAAGGCACUCAGCAAGCUUUUUGAGCUCCACCAGGCGUUAAAGGACUGGAAAAAACAGUUGUGGAAUUAUGAUAAUGAGCUCAAAUCAAAGACUACCAUUAUGAAUUUAUCCAAGCAUAAAAAGACCGCUGACUCUUCCGAAAAUCAUUCGGACCCCAGCAUUACAUUCAAACAUAAGAACCCCAAGACCGUUAAGCGGGUUCUUAACUAUUAG